CUUUCGAAAUCCUGAUCCCACCGAAACGUACAAAUCCGUUGUCACCAAAAAUUCGUUGAGAAGGGACAUAAGUGCCUUUUUUUUUUCGCUUUCGUAGCAUUCCGUGGCCGGAUCUCUUUAUUUGUUAAAGGUUGAAGCAGCUCAAAAUGAGUGCUCACGCGAGGAAGAUCGAGUUGGCGGGAGCAGUGGCAGUCACGACAGACGAAGAUUGGAACACCCUUACGGAAAAACCAGGGCUUACUGUCGUCGAUGUUUAUGCGAAGUGGGCUGGACCAUGCGAGCCGAUGCAAAACAUUUUCAAGCGAUUGAAGCUGGAUUAUGGAGAACAAGUGACCUUUGCCACUGCGCUUACUGAUGGCAUCGAAGCGUUGGAGUCAUAUCGAAACAAGUCAUGCCCAACAUUUCUUUUCUUCUUCAACGGCGUACUGGUCAAUCUCAUAAAAGGUGCAAACUCGCCUCUGAUCGAGUCCACCAUCAAAGAUCAACUGGAUCUCGCAGCGAAAGGCCAAGCUCAUCCUCCGUAUCGCCAUGGAGACCUCCGCGUCUCUGCACACACGAAUGGCGCACCAGUGACUCGCACUGGAGGCUCUAAAGCCGACCUUGCCGGCGGUGUAUCGGACAAUUUGUCAGCCACCACCCCUUACACUCCAAUGUCGGCUACAGCCGAAAGCACUUUGGCGAUCAUCAAGCCAGAUGCGAUGGGUCCUGAGCUGAUCAAUCAAAUCAUGAACCAGAUCCGAUUGCAUCGGUUUGAGGUGGUUCAGAAAAAGAAAGUGUGGCUUUCCCCGGAACAGGUGGAGCAGCUGUAUCGGGAACAUGAGAAGGCCAACUACUUCCAAGGGGUGCUCACGCACAUGUCUACGGCCCCAAUCCUUGCUUUGGUUCUUUCGAAGGAUAACGCCGUGCAGGACUGGCGGAAACUGAUGGGUCCAGCAAAUCCUGCCACUGCCCGCGAUCAAGCUCCAUCGAGCAUUCGGGCGUCACUUGGGACAGACAACCGCUUGAACGCCGUUUUUGGCUCGGAGUCUCUGGAAGCUGCUGGCCACGAGAUCGAUCUCAUUUUUGGACCCAACACGUCCGUUCUAGAGCUACCGAUGCUUGAAAUCAAAGAUACACCGCCUCCAGCGGGAGCACAUGCGGAGAAAACACUUGCAAUCAUCAAGCCCGAUAUUGUAGACACGAGCAAACUGGAUGCGAUCAUCGAACGAAUUAUUUGCAGGGGAUACCAGGUCAUCAAAAGGGAGACGAUCAAUCUGUCGGCGGAUCAAGCUGCCGAUUUGUACUCUCAUCAGAAAGAAACGCCCUACUUUGCGGAUACUGUAGCGUUUAUGUCAAGUGGGCCAGUCGUUGCGUUAGUUCUGAAAGGAUACGGCGUCGUAAGCGGAUGGAGGGAGAUGAUUGGUCCUACCGAUCCAGAGGUAGCAAGAAAUACUGUCCCUAUGAGUAUUCGCGCCAUCUUUGGGACGGACACUGUCCGCAACGCCGUCCACGGAAGCGACGGAGCCGAAAAUGCAACGCGCGAGGUGGAAGCUUUGUUCCCUAGCCUGCUCAUGCGGUCGGAAUCCGGCAUCUAUAAUGCACGAACGAGCACAACUGCGGGCGCCGCACUAAGUGAAAACGCUGUCCGAGCCGCAAAACAUGCCGCAGAAGACAAUGUCUUGACAGAACGAACCUGCGCGUUAAUCAAACCGGACGCCUUUGCGUCGGGCAAGAGGGAUGAGAUUGUGCAAAGAAUACGUGAUGCUGGGUUCAAGAUUGUUGCCGAGAAGGAGGUCGAGCUCACUCGAGCGCAGGCCGAGGAGUUCUAUAAGGAGCAUCUAGGGCAGGGCUUCUACGAGGAUCUUGUCAGGUGGAUGAGCACGCCGGAUUUGCCCAUCUACGCGAUGGUGCUCGAGAAAGAUGCCGCCAUCACAGCCUGGCGUGAGUUAGCUGGACCUACGAAUUCGAACAAAGCUCGGGAAGUUGCUCCCAAUAGCAUCCGUGCCAUAUACGGUAAGGACGGAAGCAAAAAUGCUGUCCAUGGUUCUGACUCGCCUCAAUCCGCCGAACGAGAAAUCAAGAUCAUUUUCGGGGACACCGUCAGCGCUCGCGCCGAAGGUGCACGACCGCAUCAGAGAGUCGCUGCGGCGCGUAGCACUACGGAGCUCCUAGACCCGUCCGGUCCUCUUUUACAGCGCACUCUCGCGCUGAUCAAGCCAGAUGCCUAUGGGGCUGGGAAGAAGGAUGACAUUGUGAAACGGAUCAAAGAAGAUGGUUUCAGAAUCGUCAAGGAGAGUGAAGUCAAGUGGUCUGAGGAAAAGGCCAAAGAAUUUUAUAGGGAGCAUGAGGGGAAGAGCUUCUAUGAUCACUUGGUAGCGUGGAUGAGCAGUGCUCCGAUUUAUGCUCUGGUUCUUGAGAAAUCUGAUGGGAUCAAGGGGUGGAGAGAUCUAGCUGGUCCCACGAAUUCCAACACAGCCCGGGAGUCCGCCCCUCAAAGUAUUCGAGCUCUAUACGGGACCGAUGGCAGUCAAAACGCAGUGCAUGGGAGUGAUUCGGCAGCAUCAGCUGUCCGCGAAAUCAACAUCGUGUUUGGAAACGACGUCAGUCCGUUCACGGAAGAGCAUCAAAACUUUGCGACCAACAGAGUCAUUGGAGCGCCACCAAGUGGAAUACUACGGCAGCGCACGUUAGCCUUGAUCAAGCCGGAUGCAUAUGCAGCUGGCCACAGAGACGACAUUGUUGCGCGCAUUCAAAAAGCUGGAUUCCGUAUUGUACAACAGAAGGAAAUCAAACUUACGGAGGAGAAAGCUGGGGAGUUUUACCGCGAGCAUGCCUCGAGACCGUUCUACAGCGACCUGGUGGCUUGGAUGAGCAGCCAUAUAUGCACUCGUUCUGGAAAAGGAAGAUGCCAUCACGGAGUGGCGAGAGUUAGCUGGUCCCACAGAUUCUGUUAAGGCACGAGCAAAUGCGCCGCACAGCAUUCGGGCCUUGUAUGGAACCGACGGAAGCCACAACGCAGUUCAUGGCAGUGACUCUCCCGCAUCCGCUGAGCGCGAAAUCCAGCUUAUCUUCCCACAUGAAGCUGGCAAAAGCUCGGCCGCACAACAUCCAUCGGCGACAUUAUCUGGGCAGCCGUUCC